AUGGCGCUUUCGCUGGUGGUUCCUCUAGAUGGUUUCGGUAACGUGCUGCUUUUCCUCUUUAAUAUUUUCCUGGCUACUGGAAUGGUAUUUUUAAACACUUCGGUAUUCAUAUCUAUUGCGAUGAGCAAGUCAAUAAGAAACGAGAAUCGUUUUCUGUACAUGCUAAGUACUUGUACAAGCGACAUCUGUUCAGGAUUUACUUACUAUUACGCUGGCGUUCUUGAUAUCCAAGACAACUAUUCAUCUCCUAAUAGAACGUAUUACAUAGGGCCUACGUUUCUUGGACUGUCCUACAUGGCUACUCUGGCCGCUCAAGCAGAUAGAUACCACGCAGUCAUUUCACCUUUUAAAUACUCGCAAAGAAUGACUCGAAACCGGACUGCUGUUGUUAUCUUGCUGUUCUGGGUGUAUGCUUUCUUCAUCGUCGGUGUGAAUAACCUGGUUCCGAUCGGAACUGCUAGUAAAAUCACCGGUAUAGGUACCUUUGUGGCUAACUUGUUCACAGUUAUAAUCAUGAUAUGUCUCAACAUAAAACUGUUCGUUAUAGCCAAGUUUCACCUUGAAAGGGAACCCCCUUCGGCCGAGAGAGAAAGCAAGCGAGCUUCCAUAUAUCUCAUUGUUGUGGUGGCUGUUUUUUUCCUUAUUGCAUGGCUACCUAUAUUCAUCCACAUAAUCAUAUGCAACAUUUCUGGAACCAGAUGUUACGCUUUUAAGAACGAAGGGACUGAUCCCCUUCGAACUCUGCCGCGAGUGAACGCUCUGAUCACUCCGGUCCUGUACAUUAGAGGCUGUGCUUCGUUAAGAGCGACGCUGUUCAGCAAGGUGUGGAAACCGUGCUGUAAAUAUCGGAGGUAA